AUGGCCUGGGUCGGCCAUCCCAUUCUUGAUGAGAUCAAAACGGGUAUCCGACUGAAACCGACGAAAACCGUCGACAAAUCGGCGCCUAUCAUUUUCGUGGAUGGCGAGAAGAAAAAUCGGAUUGAUCGAGGCUCAUGCCCUCCACCAGCUCCUCCAUUGAACUCCUCUCUCGCGCCGCCCGCUCCACCAGUGCCAAGAGCUUCAUCAUCGAGUCCAACCGUUUCGACGCUGCGAGAGCGCAAAAAUUCGGCGGCUGAUCGAGGGAAACUUUUGGAAAGUAUUCGGGGAGGAGUGAGGCUGAGAAAAACGAUGACAAAAGAUAAAAGUGCACCUGUUUUACAAUCUGAGAUUCAUCAAGAAGAGCCACGAAAUAGCCAAAAACAGAUAAAUGGAUAUCCAAGAAGUGCAUCAGAGGAGAGCGAUUACAAUGGAAGAAGUCUACAUGAUGACGUCUAUUCAUCGACUUACGCGAAUGACCCGCGAAAACAGGCGGAUUUCGUUUUCCAGGAGAGCGAUCUCUAUGUGACUGAAGAGAAGCUACAAAAGGAGAUUCCGACGGGUAAAGCCGCGCUAGGGAAAUCGAUCUUUGACUCACCCGAGCAAAAUGUGUCUCCGCCGAGUUUCAUCCCUGAACAUCAAAGGAAACUUUCGUUGAAUAGCUAUUUGAGAGCGGAUCCCCGACCGGCUGGUCGACCAGAUGCGAGCUUUGAUGAAGCUGCUCUAAAAGUCACUUCGGAAGCUCUUCGUCGUGAAAUUCCCGCCGGAACGGCUUCCGGAAAAAUCGCUCGCUUUGCGAAUGGUGAAGUCGGGCAAACGAACAGUUUACCGAGAAUAAGAUUUAAACCCGGUCAACUCCGUUCACCGUUCCAUGAGAGUGACACAAAUUUGGCAAAACAACCAACGGAUGAGGGAUCGGGCGGGACAUUGCCAAGGGCAAAGAGUCCAUCAACAGGCUUUUUGACGCAACGAAUCGCAAGGCCAUUGGAUGCAGAGAAGUCGAGACCAUACUCCCCGGCCACCCAACCCCGUUCCUCCAGCAUCUCCACCCCGCCAUUCGCCCGAAAUCUCUUCGAUUUUCCCAAUAACAAAACAGAGCUCAGAGAUACUCAACAACAACAACAACAACAACAACAAAAGCUUCGAUCCCCACCCCCAUCAAAAUCGUCCACAAAACCCUAUGAAUCGAUCUAUCCACAAGAAUACGAGCGAUCAGUGUCUCCAUACAAAUCCACACAAGUUAGAUCCACGCUUGUCACUCCGGCGAUGGCCUUGGGCUCACAGUCUCCGAAGAUAACGACUUAUAGAGCGAUUCCAUCGAACAAUCCACCUGUCAGUAAUGGAGACACAAAAGCUGCUGAAAGAGUCACAUCGAUCACACCUAAACCUGAUCCAAGAUCGGCAACGAUUUUGAACAGUAGACCGCAAUCAGUGACUCCAGUUUUUGGUGAAAGAGUUCAAUCGUUGGAAAAUCAGAGGAGACCCCAGUCUGUUACUCCACAACGCGCGAUUUCCCAUGAUCAAUGGGUGACUGUGACAUCGCCGACGGUAAAGAAUCCACUGAAUGGAGGAUUUCCGAGGGGAAGAGCUGAAAAGGAUCACAUUGUUUAUACAGUUCAUAACGGGGAACCGAAAGCACAACCGAGUCAACCAGUCAGUCAAUCCUCACCCCGAGCCCGCUCAACAAGUCGACCCGCUUGGCGAGAGCAAAAUGGAACCCCGGCUAAUGGCUACACUUACACGGGAAAUCCGUCCUCUUCUACUUUUACUUACAGCCAGCCACAACAGCAAAAGCCACAGCCUGUCACCUACACUCCGGUGAACUUCUCACCGUCUGCGAGACAACCCAGAAAUCUGAUGCAUGCGAGGAGUGCGAGUGAGAUGUCACGACCGAUCGCUGUUCGAACGGAUUUCCUCCCGAGUUCUCCUCUCCAAUCGAUCGAGCCAUCCCCGGUGUCACCUCUCCGCCCACUUGAGGUCCGAGAUGUUCACACGAGUCCGAUGGUUUCAACUCCUCGGAAAAGUCCAUUCCCGAGCAAUUCCUCUUCCCAACAAUCGUCCUCAUCAUGGCGAAAUGAGACACAACAAAAUGCGACGAGAAGCACAAGACAUAACGGUCGAGCCUCAUCCCCCGAAUCGUCGAUGAGUUCUCAACAAUCUCCCUUCAUCGCUCAGUCCGGG